AUGGGGAGAUGGACGUUACAUCUCUCAGUGGGGCUCGGGCUUCUAGCCGUCCUGUUGACCUGCUGUUACGCUGAAGAGAACUACUGCCUUGAAGCCAAGGAUAAGGACUGUUCAGAAUGCCUGCAGGCGGGGGUAGGCUGUGCCUACUGCCUUGAUGAGACCUUUGAUGGCUUUCGCUGUGACCUGUCCAAGAACAUAAAGGCCAGAGGCUGCAAUCGUGUAACUGAAUACGGAUUUGAAAGAAAGAUAAAUAUAGAAAAAGAUGAAAGAAUCAACAUGAAAGUUCAGCAGUCUCAAGUGUCGCCACAGCAGAUAAGCAUGCGCUUUCUGCCAGGAGAGGAGAAGCGGGUGAAUGUGGAAGUGUUUGCUCCACUCAAAGGCCCUCUGGACCUUUAUAUUCUUAUGGACUUCUCCAAUUCCAUGGCUGACGAUUUGAACAACUUGAAGAAGCUGGGCACAAAGAUGGCUUCACAUUUUCAACAAGAGUCAGACGACUUCACCAUCGGGUUUGGAAAGUUUGUGGACAAAGUGAUUGAGCCCCAGACGGACAUGAGACCCUCCAAACUUCUUAAGCCGUGGCCCAACAGCGACCCACCGUUCUCUUUCAAAAACGUCAUCAAGUUGACCAACAACGUAACUUUCUUUACUAGUGAGCUCCAAAAGGAGAGAAUAUCUGGGAACCUGGAUGCUCCUGAAGGAGGUUUUGAUGCCAUAUUGCAGGCUGCAGUUUGUGGGGAUAAGAUCGGCUGGCGUAAACACAGCACGCAUCUCCUGGUUUUCUCCACGGAGUCCGCCUUCCACUACGAGUCAGACGGUGCCAACGUGCUUUCGGGUAUCAUGGCACGCAACGACGAGGGCUGCCACCUAGACGCAACAGGCAAAUACACACAGGAUAUACACCAGGAUUACCCUUCAAUACCAACACUGGUCCGUCUGCUGGACAAACACAACAUCAUUCCCAUCUUUGCUGUCACCGACCACUCCUUCUCGUAUUACCAGAAACUCCAAGCGUACUUCCCCAUCGCUGAAGUCGGUCUGCUGCAAGAAGACUCAUCUAACAUCCUGCCAAUCAUGGUUACUGCCUUCCAGAAUAUCCGUUCUAAGAUGAGGAUCAGUGCAGAUGGCGGACCCAGUGCUUUUGAGGCAAAGUUCUUUGCCACUAAUGGAAGCAUUUCACCACACGGGAACUUUGAUUUCACGCCUGGUGAAAUAGGCAAGCUCCAGAUGCAGCUCAAAGCCCCGCGAAUGUACAACAAGCAAUCGGUCUGUCAGAUGAAUCCGGCCGAUAAAGAGGGGACAGUGAAAGUCAAACCUUCAACCUUCAACACUGCCGUCAAUGUUAAGGCCUCGAUUAUUUGUCCAAUCUGCGAUUGUGAGAAGGUUGUCAUCAGUACAGCAGCCAGGUGCCAUAAUCGAGGUGACCUUGUGUGUGGGAAGUGUCGCUGCUUCUCUGGCUGGGUGGGUCCCUUCUGUAACUGCUCAGCAGGUUCCUCAGCUCUUGACACCAGCCUGUGUACAGGUCCACAAAUGAAGGACCCUUGUUCAGGCCGUGGGGAGUGCAUGGCGUGUGGAACCUGUGUGUGCUACAACCCGGAUCAGUUUGAAGGACAAUACUGUCAGUACGACAAGACCCAGUGUCAAAGACAUGGAGGAUUCCUCUGCAAUGACCGUGGCUCCUGUGUCAUGGGUGGGUGUGUGUGUGCUGAGGGCUGGACGGGCAUGGCCUGCGAGUGUCCCAAGAGCAACCAGACCUGUCGGGACAGCCAGGGCGCUGUCUGCAAUGGGCGAGGUAAAUGUGUCUGCGGCCGCUGCGAGUGUCCCAAGACUGACUUUGUGACGACUUCAACCUGUGAGCCAAAUUUCGAUACCCGGACUGGAGUGUGUGAAGCGACGAGGAAUUGCGUCGAGUGUCAGGCCUGGAAAACAGGAGAGAAGAAAGCGAAAGAGGAAUGUGCAAAGUGCCCCUUCAAAAUUGUCUUGGUGGAUGAACUCAAAGACGUGAAGAAGGUGUUGGAUUCGUGCAGUUACCGUGAUGAGGAGGACGACUGUAUGUACCACUACACUGUCGAAAACCCCAAGGAUCCCACAGUUAAAGACCUGGAGGUCCAGGUGCUGAAAAAGAAAGAUUGUCCCCCCGCCAGCCUCCUGUGGUUGCUCCCGUUUCUCUUGUUCCUUUUGUUACUGCUGGCACUUCUGCUGCUCUGCUGCUGGAAAUUCUGCGCCUGCUGCAAAACCUGCUUCCAGAGCUGUCUUGCCCUGCUGCCUUGCUGUAAGGGAGGUCGUAUGGUUGGCUUCAAGGAAGAUGAGUAUUUGCUCCGCCAGUCUCUCCUCACCUCAGACCAUCUGGACACACCAAUGGUGAGGACGGGCCCACCCAAAGGAACCGAUGUGGUCCGCUGGAAGGUCACAGAUAACGUACACCGACCACCCAAUCACCCCCAGGCUCUGAUAAAGCCCAACCCUAAAGAGACCAUCCAGUUCCCGCUCUCUCUCCGGCUAAACAGGCUGUUCUCUGAGAACCUGUCUCGUCCCGAAUCCAGAGAUGCCGAACAGCUCCGCAAGGAAGUGGCCGACAACCUAAAUGAGGUGUACAAGCAGAUCCCUGGUGCCCAGAAAGUGCAAAAAACCUCAUUCCGAAUGCAGAGAAAUGCCGGAAAAAGGCAGGACUACACCAUCAUGGACACCGUCCUAUCUGCUCCUCGCAGCAGCUACCCUGAUAUCGUCAAACUCACUGAGAAAAAUGUCCAGUCUGGAAACAUACAUGAUCUCAAAGUGGUGCCCGGCUACUACACUGUGGCCACAGACAGAGAGGCUGCAGGAGCCAUAGAGUUCCAAGAAGGUGUUGAGUCAGUAGACGUCCACGUGCCGCUCUUUGUCAAGGAUGAAGAUGAUGACAAGAAGCAGCUGCAGGUGGAGGCCGUAGAUGUGCCACUGGGCAUCGCUGAGAUUGGAAAACGUUUGGUCAACAUCACCAUCAUCAAAGAGCACGCCACCAGUGUCUUCUCGUUCCUCCAGCCGGCCUACACCUACAGCAGGGGGGACGGAGUGGCCAACAUCCCGAUCAGCAGAGAGAUCAUAGAAGAUGGACGCGCACAGGUCACCUACCGCACACGGGACCUCACAGCCAAGGAUAAGAAGGACUAUGUGGCUAUGGAAGGAGACCUGACCUAUAAUCCUGAUGAGACCCAGAAAACUGUGCCUGUUCGUCUGCUUGAGCUGAGCGAAAAAGAUGGCCUCCUGGAAGACAAACAGGUCAAGCAGUUUGUAAUGGAUCUCAGCAACCCGCGGCAGGGCGCCAAGCUUGGACGAUACCCGAGAACUACUGUCACCAUCACAGACCAGCCAGAGCCCAGUGUGAUGAUGUUCAAAAAGGGCGCCCAGAACUUCAGCACAUCUGACACAACCUACACCAUCCCUGUGGUCCGCACUCGCAACCAGGACAGCACCGCCACAGUGAAAUGGCGCACCAAGAAGGCCCAGCGCUUUGACUUAUCCGGCCCUCUGAAGUUUAGUCCUGGAGAGACGGAGAAGAGCAUAGUGAUCGACCCGAGGGCCCACCCUGGCUCAGUCCAGCCAGAGACCAUCCAACUGGAGCUGUUUGACCCAAGUAGCAACGCUACUAUCGGAGACAGGAAGACAACCCUUGUCAAUGUCGGUGCUGGAAUUCCCAAAUCUCCGUUGCAACAGAAGGGGUACUUAAACCAAAGUGCCACUUCCCCUGGCGGUCGCCUUCUCGCCCCAUCAAACCUUAAGGCCAAAGCAACCGGACCCAGAAACAUCCGCCUCAACUGGGACCAGGCGUCUGGUAAUCCCUUGGGGUACAAGGUGAAGUAUUGGAUCUAUGGCGACCCAGAGAAAGAUGCUCAGGUCUUAGAUGUGAAGACCACUCAAGCUGAGUUGACAAACCUGUACCCCUAUUGUGACUACGAGAUGAGAGUUUGCAGCUACAACCAAAUAGGAGAUGGCUCUGAUACAGACAUUGUUACCUGUCAAACACUUGAGGAUGCGCCUGGUGAACCUGGACGUCUAGCCUUUAAUGUCAUCAGUCCAACUGUCACUCAGGUCAGCUGGGCAGAGCCUGCAGAGACUAAUGGCAACAUUACGGCUUAUGAGGUCAUCUACACACCCAUCGAUGAUGAACAGCCGGUGGGCGCCGCUAAGAAAGUAAAGAUCGACAACCCCAAGAAGCGAAUGCUGUUGAUCGAGAACCUCCAGAAGUCUCAGACCUACCAGUACAAGGUCCGUGCCAUGAACAGCAUAGGCUGGGGCCCCUUCAGAGAUGCCACCAUCAACCUGGCAUCACAGCCCACUAGACCCAUGUCCAUUCCCAUCAUUCCAGAUAUCCCUAUUGUGGAUGCAGAGGCAGGAGACGAGUAUGACAGCUACCUGAUGUACAGCAAUGAGGUGAUGAAGUCCCCCACAGGCUCCAAGACACCCAGCGUCUCUGGUGAUGAUUACACGAUGAAUGGGAAAUGGGACCAGAACUUCCUUUUCCCAGGAGGAUCAGGGACACGCAACAUGUCUUCAUCGUCCUCUCCAAUGUCCACUCUGAGCUCAAACUACAAAGGGGCAGGCGGCUCCUUUAUCACAGACACAUCCACCACCUACAUGUCGGGCCAAGGAGGCUCUCGUAGAACUGACAUGAUGGUAGGAGGAGUACACACAUCAGAGGUUAUCAUGAGGAAGCGCUCAGAGAGCAGGGGUUACACAGAUGAACACAUCCGAGACUCUAUCGUCAUGGGAGAUGUGUCAGGCAAUUUCCCAGAUCUAGGUGGGUUCGGCUACGCUGGGACGCAGAGCAGCUCUCAGAGCCAGUUCAGCUACAGCCUGUCUACAGGCCCGAGGGCCAGGACCGAGUCUUCAGACGUCAAUGACGCCCUGUAUAAUUUGGACAGGGUGCUCCAGGAUGCUCGACUGUCUCCUGGUGUACCAGACACCCCAAGCAGACUGGUGUUUUCUGCUCUCGGUCCCACUGCUCUCAAAGUCAGCUGGCAGGAGCCCCGCUGUGACAAAGACAUCAUGGGCUACUGUGUUCUCUACCAGCUGCUCAAUGGAGCUGAAGUGAAGCAUAUCAAUGUGACCAACCCAGCAGAGAACUCUGUAAUCAUCCAGGAUCUGCUGCCCAACCACUCCUACCUAUUUAAGGUGAAGGCUCAGAGCCAGGAGGGCUGGGGUCCAGAAAGGGAGGGGGUCAUCACCAUCGAGUCCGCUGUCGACCCCAAGAGUCCCCUCAGCCCGAUGCCAGGCUCGCCAUUUACUCUGAGCACCCCCAGUGCCCCGGGCCCCCUGGUCUUCACUGCACUGAGCCCCGAUUCCCUGCAGCUCAGCUGGGAGAAACCCCGUAAACCCAACGGAGACAUCCUAGGAUAUGUAGUCACCUGCGAACAGCUGCAUGGUGGAGGAGACGUACGCUCCUUCCAGGUGAGCGGGGACAGCGCUGAGACCAGUCUGACCGUCCCAAACCUGACAGAGAACGUUCCCUACAAGUUUAAAGUUCAGGCUCGAACCACACAGGGCUUCGGCCCUGAGAGGGAGGGCAUCAUCACCAUCGAGUCUCAGGAUGGAAGCGCUUUGUCUCAGUACAACAGCCAAUCAAUGUCGAGGAGGGAAGUUUUCCAAUUGCCAACAGAGGUCAGUACGCGGACCAACGUCUCCCAGUCCAUGAUCAAGGAGCCAUUCUUCUCAGACGGGAUGAUGAUGACCUCACAGCACACAGAGACCAGCGGAAUGGUGACCCGUCAAGUCACAAAGGAAGUGGUUCAGAGGAGCGUCGUGGGAGGAACCAUGGUCACAAAGAAGAUGUUCUAUGAAUCAUAAGGUCUUAUUUAACUUCGCCGAAAGUAACCAGCCAAAGGUCUACCACGAUGAGGAACGGUACCUGAGAUUCUCUUUUAAAAAGAGUCGGCUCGAGUCCGCUCACACGCUCUGCAGUGUAUGUUUUUUAUAAGCGAGGGUGGAUUCUGCAAUUCAAAAAAGGUUUCAUGUAAUAAAUAGAUGGAGAGGAGGCCGUUUCCUCAUGUCUGUUACAAACCAUGGCCACAUUCCUCCAUAGAUGAGGAUCGUUUUAACAUUUACCUUCAUUUUCACGGUUGCUUCUGAUGUAAUUAAUUGAGGUUUCUUUCCACACUCAACUUGCUUUGCAAGGGGGCCAAGGACAGGAGGUCAGGGGCCAGUUAAUAAACCCUUACCCUAACCCUUUUUUUGAUAAACAAGCUCUAUUUGUCUAUUUUGAUGCUUUUUUUUUUAUUGCACUCAGGCACCUUACAUUCAUUAAAAGUACAACAAAACAUCCCAUUUUUUAUGUAUUUCAUUCUUAUGGUCAUCUUUCCUCCGAUUCAUAAAUUGGGUAUCACUGACUAAGCAAAUCAUUUAGUCUUAGACUCCCUCUGUUGGUUCAGGUCUGGUAAACACACUGCCGCUUUAAAUCAGGGCUGGCACGGGCCAGUAAUCUGACUCUUGUUCAGUAAUCCAAAGUGACCUUGGCCCCUUGUCUCCUGUCCUCCACCUGUCUGUAAGAGAUGUUCUGUCUGUGUGCGAGGUGUUUCAACUGUUUCAGGUUAAACCCACCACUUUCCAACUACACCGUCCUCUUGAGGUGUAAGAGAGAUUGUUUUGAAAUCGAUGUGGAUGUUUCUUAAGGUUCAUUAUAUUUUCACCUAGGUUGCCUUAUCCUGAGUGAUCAAGAGAAAACUUAAAAGUGGUGGAUUUGGGACUUUUGUUUAUAGAUUUGUAUUAUAUUAAUGUGUGGGGAAAAAAAAUCCAAGCAUAUUUAAUACUUUUUCAGACUUUUACUUAAGCAAACUGACGUUAAAUGUAAUGCCAAAUAUAGAGGUAUUCUCUCAAACAGGUUGGUGUUGUGUUGCUCAUUCCUAUGCACAUUUCCUUACUGACGAACACAAUUUUACAUGAUGAAAAAUCUAUUAGAUGUAACAUGUUCUCAUGUUUUUUGUAUUUGGUAAGAAAUUUUAUUCUCAACGUGGUAAACACUGCUUCAAGAUGAUAUUUUUUAUAUGCUUCUUUACUCUGCAAGGCCAUUGUAUUUUGCAUUUUUGAUUUGUUAACAUUCAAACAAUGAGAUCUUGAUAUUUUAGAGAAAUGGUAUAUAAAGACAGAAAGAUUGUAUUUGCUUCAAUGCAAGUCCUACUGUAUUUUGGCUCCACAUUUCGUUGAGAAUGCUUUUGUAAAACAUAUUUUGAGAGGAUAUGUUUGUCAGAAAUAACAUGAUGUGGAUAAGUGGAUGAACCUCUCACCAAAAACACUAUCAGUGAAGUAUUCACAUACUUUUGAUCAGCAUGUAUCACUUACCUUUAAGCAUCU